AAGCAAGAGACAGCUAGAUCCUAUACUGCUACUGGUGGGAUUUUAACUGCUGAAGAAGGCCAGCAGCUUGCUCAGCAAGCUGCAGAAUUACAGGCAGAGGUAACUGACCAAGCUGAUGCGCAGCCUAGAAGAUGCGCACUACCGCGGUGUAGCAACUGCAAUGUUCAAGGUCAUACUAGGCUUCAAUUUAGGGGUGGUGUGUUAAUUCUUAAGUUACUAUUAUUUAGUUGUAGUAGUUUAAGAAUAUGUAUAGUCUUUAUAGCCUAUCUUUUUAGCCUAAACCCUAUCUUCUUUUAG